UUUGUUGCAGUAUAUGCAUUAGCUGUUGUCUGUGUUCAGUUUCCUGCAGACUGACAAAGUGGGAGGGGCUUUGUUUGAUACAUAGCUGAGUUUUCACUGUGUGAGUUCUUGAGUGCAUAUUGCAGCCAUCUUAAUUACACUUUAGUGCAACUGAGACAGUGCAGCUGUCUCAAAAUGGCUGCUGACCUAGCCUUUGUAGCUGCUUAGGCAGCAACUGUGCCAGUGAGGAGACUUGGCACAUGCACCAGGACCAAAGAUUCAAAAUGGAUAGUAUAGAAGAACCUCAGAAAAAAGUCUUUAAGGCUCGAAAAACAAUGAGAGUGAGUGAUCGUCAGCAACUUGAAGCAGUGUACAAGGUCAAAGAAGAACUGUUGAAAGCUGAUGUCAAGCUUGUAAAUGGCAACCAUGAAAAUGGAGAUUUGGACCCAACCUCACCUUUGGAAAAUACGGAUUAUGUUAAUGACAAGGAGGAGGUGAAUGGCAUUGAAGAGCUUUGUUUUGACCCUGAAAAAAGUAAAUCAGAAUGGAAAGAAGCCUCUUGUACCUUAAAUGUUAAUAUAAAAAACAAGCAGGAUGAUGAUUUAAAGCAUGAAACUUCGUCUCCUAAUAGUAUAGCUCCUGAGCUAGUCUGUAAACUGACUCCUGAACCAGCUUCUGAGGAGCCAGCCUCUGUUGAUCUGGCUAUGGGAGAUCCAGCCUCUGGAGAUUCAGCCCCUGAUGGUCUGGCCUCUGAAGUAUUAACCUCUGGUGAUCCUGCCUCUAGCAAUCCCACCUCUGGUGAUCCCACCUCUGGCAAUUCUACCUCUGGUGAUAUCACCUCUGGUGAAAUAGUCUCUGGUGAAACAGUCUCCAGUGAACCAUUCCCUGGUGAAUUGGUCUCUGGUGAAUUGGUCCCUGAUGAAUCAGUCUCUGGCGAACCAAUCUCCAGUGAUCCAGCCUCUGGUGAUUCAGCUUCUGGUGACCUGUCUUCUGGAGCACUGGCCUCUGAUGAUCCGGCCUCUGGUGAUCCAUCUUCUGGUGAUCCACCCUCUGGUGAUCCAGCCUCCAGUGAUCUGGCCUCUGAUGAACCCACUUCUGAUGAACUGGCUUCAGAAUCAGCUUUUGAUCCCAUCUUUGAACCAAGUUCUUUAUCAGUUUGUGAAGCUGUUCCUGAUACUGACAGUACCGAGCCUAGUAGUAAUAAAGGUGAUGAUUUUCUGGAAAAAAAUGGGGAUGAUGAAAAGUUAGACCAGAUUUUUUCAUUUGAUGAGAAAAACAAAGCUGAUAGUAAUAUCGAUGCUGAUGACGAAACCCUAGAAACAGAUGAUACAGUUAUUUGUUCAGAUCUACCUCCUGAAAAUGAAAAGAAGUUAAAGGAAGAUGCUGUUACAGAACCUGCUCUUGGAGAGGAGGCUAUAUCUAGCAGUAUGGAAAUUGACCAAAGUGAAAAGAAUGAAGAUGAAAAUUCUGCAGACCUUGCAGAAACCAUUAGUGAAAAUGUUACAAAAGAUGACAAAAAUGAUAUUGCCUUGGAAAAUACAGAUUCUAUGGAGACAGAUGAAAUUAUUCCUAUUUUAGAAAAGCUUGCACCAGCUGAAGAUGAACUUACUUGCUUUCCUAAAACUUCUCUCCUUCCAAUUGAUGAGACAAAUCCAGAUUUGGAAGAGAAGAUGGAAGGUUCUUUUGGUUCACCAUCUAAACAAGAAAGCAGUGAGAGUUUGCCAAAAGAAGCCUUUUUGGUCCUCUCUGAUGAAGAGGAUCUUUCUGGCGAAAAAGAGGAGUCUGAAGUUAUAUCACAAAAUGAAACAUGCUGUCCAGCAGAAGUAGAAACUAAUGGAAAGGAUAGCAAACCUGAGGAAGAAGAACAAGUAAUAAAUGAAGAUGAAAGACCUUCUGAGAAAAGUGAAUUUUCCAGAAGAAAACGUUCUAAAUCAGAGGACAUGGACAAUGUACAGUCCAAACGUCGUCGAUAUAUGGAAGAUGAAUAUGAAGCAGAAUUUCAAGUAAAGAUUACCGCCAAAGGAGAUAUUAACCAGAAGCUACAAAAGGUUGUACAAUGGUUGCUGGAAGAAAAAUUGUGUGCACUACAGUGUGCUGUAUUUGAUAAGACUUUGGCAGAAUUGAAAACACGAGUUGAAAAGAUUGAAUGUAACAAGAGGCAUAAAACAGUUAUUACGGAACUACAGGCCAAGAUAGCCAGGUUAACCAAACGCUUUGGAGCAGCCAAAGAAGAUCUUAAGAAAAGACAAGAAAAUCCACCAAACCCACCAGUAUCACCAGGAAAGUCUGUAGUUGAUGUCAACAGCAAUAACAACAAUGUGCCAUACAGAAAUGCAGGCACAGUGAGACAGAUGCUGGAGUCCAAAAGGAAUGUAAGUGAGAGUGCACCACCAACCUUUCCAACCCCUGUGAAUACAGUAUCUUCAGCCAGUCUUGUCACUCCUCCAACAGUUGUCAGUAGUCAACCUAAAUUGCAGACUCCAGUGACUUCUGGUUCUCUGACAGCAACGUCAGUUCUUCCUGCACCCAACACUGCUACAGUAGUUGCUACUACUCAGGUGCCUAGUGGAAAUCCCCAACCUACAAUCUCUUUACAACCUUUGCCAGUGAUUUUGCAUGUACCUGUUGCGGUGUCCUCCCAGCCUCAACUCCUACAGAGCCAUCCAGGGACUUUAGUGACCAACCAACCAUCUGGCAACGUUGAGUUCAUUUCUGUACAAAGCCCACCUACAGUGAGUGGUCUUACCAAAAAUCCAGUAUCCUUGCCAGCCUUGCCAAACCCCACUAAACCAAACAAUGUUCCUUCUGUGGCCAGUCCUAGUAUUCAAAGGAACUCUCCUGCCAGUGCUGCACCAUUAGGAACAACACUUGCUGUACAGGCUGUUCCAACAGCACACUCUAUUGUACAAGCCACAAGGACUUCCUUACCUACAGUAGGUCCAUCAGGACUCUAUAGUCCAUCAAAUAACCGAGGUCCUAUACAGAUGAAAAUUCCAAUCUCUGCUUUUAGUACUUCAUCGCCUGCAGAACAGAGCACUGCUACCCCAAGAAUUGAAAACCAGACAAACAAAACAAUAGAUACUUCUGUUAAUAAGAAAGUAGCUGAUAGCACAUCACAGAGUGGAAAAGCCACAGGCAGUGAUUCAGGUGGUGUCAUUGAUCUCACAAUGGAUGAUGAAGAGAGUGGAGCUUCACAAGACCCUAAAAAGCUAAACCAUACCCCUGUGUCAACCAUGGGCUCUUCUCAGCCUGUGUCUCGACCAUUGCAACCCAUCCAGCCAGCACCACCUCUUCAGCCAUCUGGGGUGCCAACAAGUGGACCAUCUCAGACAACCAUACAUUUACUUCCCACAGCUCCCACCACCGUGAAUGUAACACAUCGUCCAGUAACUCAGGUGACCACAAGACUCCCUGUACCGAGAGCUCCUGCAAACCACCAAGUGGUUUAUACAACUCUCCCAGCACCACCAGCUCAGGCUCCCCUUCGAGGAACUGUUAUGCAAGCUCCUGCUGUUCGGCAGGUCAAUCCCCCAAAUAGUGUCACUGUUCGAGUGCCUCAAGCAACUACAUAUGUUGUAAACAACGGACUAACCCUGGGAUCAACAGGACCUCAGCUCACAGUGCAUCACCGACCACCACAAGUGCAUACUGAGCCCCCACGCCCUGUACACCCAGCACCCUUACCAGAAGCCCCACAGCCACAGCGUCUGCCCCCAGAAGCUGCCAGCACAUCUCUGCCUCAGAAGCCACACUUGAAGUUAGCACGAGUUCAGAGUCAAAAUGGCAUUGUACUAUCCUGGAGUGUCCUGGAGGUAGAUCGAAGCUGUGCCACUGUUGACAGCUACCAUCUCUACGCUUACCAUGAGGAACCCAGUGCCACUGUGCCCUCACAGUGGAAAAAGAUUGGUGAAGUAAAGGCACUUCCCUUGCCCAUGGCAUGCACUCUCACCCAGUUUGUAUCUGGCAGCAAAUACUACUUUGCAGUACGAGCCAAGGAUAUUUAUGGACGUUUUGGACCUUUCUGUGAUCCUCAGUCAACAGAUGUGAUCUCUUCUUCCCAGAGCAGUUAAACCUUGGAGCCUUUAUCGCUUCCUCUUUCUGAGUUCCACUUUUUGGUCUUGUUUUAAUCUUGUGCAUGAUAUCCAUUGUAAAAUCCACAUUGUGCAAGAUUUCUUGGACAGAUGUGUAUAUACACUACAUUUGUUUAUAAUCAGAAGUAAAAUAAAUAGCCCAUAAAGCAAGAAUCUUUUCCUGGACAAUUGAAGCUUCAAGGUUUUGAAAUGUAAAUGUGCACCUUGCUUUAGUUUUAAGGCUGGGGAAUAUGUGUGGGUGUUUAUGUGUGUUUUUCCCUAUUUAUAUGUUUACUGCAGUGGAAUCUCCCAUUUCCAUUCUCACAUUUACCUCUCUUCAAGUAUAAAGUAAGUAGAUCAAGGGAUCCGAGGUAUGGUAUGUGGCAUGAUUUGCUUCUGAGGGAUCUGUAGGUUCAUAGCUAAAUGACUUAAACUGAAUCUGAACAAAACCCAAAGAAAGAAAAAAAAAAGCAAAAUGGUUAAAUAGUUUAAAAUAGGUUAAUUUGAACACAGGAAAGGAUCUGUUCAUCUUUUUUCUUUUCUUGGUUGUUAAUUAGGUGAAAAAGAUCUGCAUUGGCCCUUGUUUCCUAAUCUGGCUCUUACAUUUAUUUUGUGCCUUAAAGAUUAACUACAAAAAUAAACAUGACCAUUUGUCCAUUGUUGAUCUUCUCGUUCAGCCUUUUGCCCUUCAUUUCUCCUUCAUCUUUACUAAAUAUAGCACGUUCCCUUCAAGUCAAUUUUAAACCAAGGCUUUAGGGAUAUUCUUACCAGUGCGAUCACUAAAUUUAACUCUAAAAAUUGGACUCACUCUUUUCUUCUAAGAACAUAAGUGCUUUUAUGUUUGGUCACUAUUUGAAUUAACUGUAUAAAAUGGACUAAGAGAAGAAAGACCAUAUUGUAUAAGAAAAUUGUCCUUCAAACAUAUUGUAGAAUUUAUGUUCCAUACUGUGUUAAAGAUUAGGAAAACAGUGCUAGUUCACUUUAUCACCCAAAGUAUAGUAUUCUUUCAUAGGUAGUAAAAUUCACAAAAUACAGUGAGCUACAAUAUCAAAGGGAAAGUUUUAUUUCCUUAUUAUUCUCAUAUCAUUUUUUUGUUUGUUUUAACCUUUUAACUUUGUUUUGAUAGUGCCAAGUUUUGUCUGAUUUACCCUCUGUCAACUUGGGACAGAAUUUCAAGUAUAUCCUUUGGGGUUAUUUUAUGUAGCAAUUAGGUAAUCCUUUCUGUGCAUCUCUGUUCCUGUUGAGAGUUAAUCAAUUUCCAUUUAGAUCAUGGAUUUUCAGUAUGAGUGCCAGCUUUACCGGUAUCAGGUAGCUGUUCAGGUGUGGGUAGUUUAGGGCAGGAGAGAUGGGAUGAGUUUGGGGAUGAGAGUAUGGUUGGGAAUAGUUUGAAAGAAAUUCAUGGAGUUUGUGAAAUAGCUUUUCAAGUCUGAGAAUAAAUUCAUUUUUAAAUUUUUCUUGGGAUUAUAGGAGGGAGCUAUCCCUUUUAUUAAUGCUGCUUUGUUUGCAACUUCGGUAGCUUGUAAUGGGAAGCAUUAUAGUAAUGCUGUAAAGAAACUCUCAUUAGAGACUUCACUGGUCAAUAUAUUGUCACAUUAGGUGUAAAGUUUGAUUGAUGCUGAAGAAAGCCUACAAAUUGCCAAAAUGUAAGUGCUCCAGAACCUUCCUUUUACUUUCAGAAAAUGAGACCACAAUGAGAAUUGAAGUUUUCAUGAAUCCAAUUUGCCAACCAACUAACGUAGAUGUUACUCAUUCUAGGACUAACAAUGAUGGUAAAAGAAGUUGUCAGUGUCAUGCCAACGAAAAUUUGAAAAGGGAGAAAUUGAUAAUCUUCUAGAUGUGUAUGAACACCUCUCUAUAUCUGCAUGUGUAUAUGUUUUUAUCUACAAUAGUUGCGUUGCUGAUCAUGUGUUCAAGAUCAUUCCUGUCUACAGAAUGGAAAGCCCGUGUUCAAUUAAAAGUGUUCUUUAUUGGCCGGUUUUAUGGUCAUGUGAUGACAAUUUGCUUAUCUAGCCUAGAAAAACUUCCCUUGGUGAAUGUUUUUGUUUAUAUUCACUAAUUUUUUUUUUUUAAAGCUUUCAUAGCAUUAUAUAAUCAGGUGAAGAAAGCCCAGUAGAAUGAAAAUACAUUUUAGCCUAUACUGUGUCUUCUGUCAAACAAAAAUAAGUUCUCAAAUAGUAACCCUAAAAAUACAUUUACUACACCAAAAUAAAACUUUUUAUUCCAGAUGGUGGAAGGAAGGUACAAAGAGAGAGUGUAAUUAUUUGAGGAAAGUGUGUAUUAUGAGAUGCUCUCCUCAAAUUAGCAUGCCAUGGGAUUUAUAGGCAACAGCUAUACUGAAUUUACUGAAAGGUGCUAGGCUAGAACUAUAGGCAUUUAUUUUGGACAGGUUUUGUUGAUGAGCUCUGACUUUUGGUUUAUUUCCUUUGGGAGAGAGAUUGCAAGACUAUAUUGUAGCAGUUCACACUCCAUGGUACCUUUUCACAAAGUAUUACAGAUAAGUUUGAUUAUCCCAUUUUGGGAAUGCAAGUUUGCUACAGUUUAAGCCUGACAUUACCUGUGUAAGUAUUGCCUUAUUGGAAAUCCUGAAAGCUUCUGAUAUUUCCACCUAAAGUAUAGGAUGUUCAUAUGGCAUUUGAAGAUAAUGGUGAUGUUUGUUACUCUCUGUUUUGCACUUUAUCAGUAAUUUUCACCCUGUUUUAAGUGUGAGUAAGCCUCUUUUUAAAGUUACGUUCUUGCCAGUAAAUUUAUAAACUACAAAGACAACAUCUGUUGUUAACUGUUAACUUUCUGAGGUAACUAUAUCCCUGUUUCCCUGAACUCACUUUAAAAUAUGCAGAAUAUUGUGUACUGUUUACUACUGUACUACACAGUAGAUGUUCAUGAGAGAAGUGAAGAGUACAGCUUUCUUCCUUGAAAAGUACAUUUUAUUGGGAUGCCAUUUGCCUCACAGAGAGUGUUUCCCACUCGCCCCACCCCCAUUGCUGGAUAAUAAAUGAAAGAUUUAAUUGGGAAAUGUGACCAAAAGCAAGGAAUUUCGAAUUUUUGGUACAACUGUCUGCAAAAUUCCUUAGGCAGGCAGACUGCACUAUACAGUUCUCUUACUGUAUUGAGUAAGUGUUAACUUAGUUUUUGUCAUUUGCUCUUCUGCUUACAUUUUCCAAAUUAUUUAUGCAGCAAGGUGAAUGUUAAUAUUGCAUGAUAUGCAUUUAUCUUGUUCCACAAAUUUUCCAGUACUGUACAAGAUUAACAAAACAAUGCCUGUGGUAUCCUCUUCUCUUACUUUGAUACACUGUGAUUUUAACACAUUAGAGUACUGCAGAGACCUUCCAAGUGUUCUCCCCAACUUUCCUUCUUGGGCUAUUUCAGAAUCAUAUGAUUUAUUCAUUAUUUUAAUUUCUUUGUUGACCAGUUAUUGACUUGCUUUAUUCUAAUUUCCAGAAAAACCAUGCCCCAAUAUUGGAUUGUUGGAAAUAAUUCUAUCUAAAAUCAAUGCAGGAUUCUGCCUUCCCUUACUAUUUACUGAGUGAUGCCCCUCUCCCACUUUUUAAAAUUUUUGGACAAAAAGACCAACCUCAUGAAGUGUUUUCAUUAGUGUGGCAGACUUAGAUCUAAUUCCUAAAGUGCAUUCCCCUAGAGCCAGCCAAUGGGGAGGAAUGAUAAGACACGUUUUGUCUUCUUCAAAUAGUUUUAUCAUGCUACAUAAGGAUUUUGUUCUUGUUUUUGUUUUUUUAUUUGUAGAGUCAGCUAAGUACCCAUCAUUCAUACUUAAAUGCGGGGGGGGGGGGGGUUGUUUUUGUUUUGUUUGUAAAUAAGGUAACUGGGCAAUCAAACACCUUUUUGGGAUCCUGGCUUCAUUAUUUUCUCAGCCAUUUCAAAAAUUAAAUACAAAAAUAAAUCCUUUGUAGGAAACUUGCAUCCUGAUUUUUCUUUAUUGCAGUUGAAAGUGUAAAUAAUAAGACAAUGUAAGACCUUCCUAAUGUCUAAUAUAAACUGGGCUAUAGUGAGUUGCCCUAUUUUUAUUAGGUUUUGAAGGUUUUGUGUUUUUUUUUUUUUUCUUUUUUAAAUGUACAGUAGAGUGGUGUCUGUAUAAGUGUUAACUGUAGUGGGAUUUUGUCCAGCAAGCCUGAAAUUUAUACUUUGAAAUAAACUACUGGGUUUUUA